UGACGUCAGACUUAAAGGCGAGUGGGAUAAGGAGAUGUUGGCGGAGAGAAGCAAGCUUUCUCAUCUCUCACGUCCAUCUGGCUGUUGUCAGGACUAUCAGCAGGACUCGUUGCUGUUGUUAAACCUCAUGGAAAACGUUUCACUUCACGCUCAGUCGAGCCCUCACUCGCCGUGUGGGAAGACGGUGUUUUUCCAUGAACAGGUUCAACUACAUCGCCCGGAUGAAUGAAUCAAUGUGCAAAACUCUGCUGUCGUAAAAAAAUGAUUCUAGGACACACGCACAUCAUUGUGGGCGUGAUCCUGAAAAUACUUCCAGCAACUGAGUGUUACCUUCAAGUACCUUACCUUGAAAGAUCCAAGCCCCACCGAGAUGAGCGUGGAGCCCUGGGCCAGCCCGCAGGACCAGGCAGCCGCCGAGGACACUCACAGCACCCACUUGCCACCCUUCCAGGACCAGGAGCAGCAGCAGCCAGAUAAACUGUGCCUGGAAUCAUUCUGGAGCGAGGUUGAGACCAUCCGACAGGGGUGUGGCGACACAGAUCUCGACUCCACCAGGAGAGAUUCCAGACAGUCAGAAGAGGGGGAACAGGAGGAGCAGUGGCUGGCCGAUGCUGGCUUAUCGACUCUUAUCAGCGAGGACAGCGAGGAUGUAGACAAGGCCGUGCUGCUCUCCACUCUGACUCGGACACAGGCGGAAGCUGUUCAGCGUCGCCUGGAUUCCUACACAUUAUCCCGCCGCAAAAAGAACAAGACACCACCCCGAGACGUUCGGGACAUCUUCAGCUCCCCCAUCGCUCAGAAUCUGCUGCCAGAGACUCAGAACAGCAAAGACCUUCCCCACAACAGUAUGGCAUCAGUUGGCAAAAAAACCUUUUCAGCGGUGACACCGGAACAUCAGCGGGUCGCUCCUAAGGAGGAAUUUCUCAUCACUGACAUUGCUUACUGCGAACAGGCUGUGAUCUUCAUGAAACAAGCCAAAUUUCCACUGAACAACAUCCCACAUAGGAAAGAAGACGGCACCCUACCUCGGGUGAUAUGCCCAAAGUGCCGCCUCGGAGUAACUCGUAUUCAAGAUCUCUCCCACGCUGACAUGAAGAAGGUUCGUCAGUUGGCUCUCAUUGACAUGACGGCGCUCUGCGACCUCUUAGAGCUGGAGGUUAAAAGGAACAAAACUGGAAAGAGGAAAAUUGCAGAGAGCACACUUUUUGGGGUGCCGCUGGCCACACUACUGGAGACUGAUCAGAAAGUGAGACCAAACACCUUGAUUCCUCUCGUCCUACAAACGCUGCUUUCGUUUCUGGAGAAGAAAGGACUCGAUUCAGAGGGGAUCCUGCGGGUUCCAGGAUCUCAAUCCAGGAUAAAGCUGCUGCAGCAGAACUUAGAGGCCAAGUUCUACUCAGGGCAUUUCAGCUGGGAUGAAGUGAGUCCAAAUGAUGCCGCUGCGCUCCUGAAGAAAUUCAUCCGAGAGCUGCCGGAUCCGCUGCUUACUGCAGAAUACCUCAACACCUUCAGCGCCGUGAGAGACAUCACAGAGCUGAGGCAGAAACUGCACAUGUUGAACCUGCUCGUUCUGCUGCUCCCUGAGCCCAACAGGAGCACACUGAAGGCGCUGCUGGAAUUCCUCAGUAAGGUGGUUAACAGAGAGAAGAAGAACAGGAUGAACCUGUGGGCCGUGGCAACCAUCAUGGCUCCUAACCUCUUCCUUCAUAAGGCCGUCCCGAGCCGACUGACCGAUGGGACAGAGAAAGGACAGGCAGAGAAGGCAGCUGAUGUGAUGAGGCUUCUCAUCCGUUACCAGGACCUGCUCUGGACGAUCCCCAACUUUCUAAUGAGCCAGGUGCGUAGGCUAAACGAGAACAGUAACCGCCGCUACCAGUUCUAUGAUCGCCGCAUCAAGAACCUGCUGAGAAAGAUCCAGCCAGACACUAGAGAAAAACCUGAGAAAAACUCAGAGCCACGUCGUACUAUAAAAAUCCAAGUGGCAGAUCUUGUGAACAGCACGAUGGAGUUUCAGCUCAACAUCAACUCCAGAACCUCUGACCUGCUCACCCAGUUUUACCGUCAGUUCCUCCGCAGUCCCGAAAAUGGAAAGGGGAAAAUGCGAAGAAACGGCUCUGUAGGAUACCCAGAUUGUGCCCUGUAUGAAGUGGGAGGGAAUAUCGGAGAGCACUGUUUGGACACCGAGACACAUCUCCUGGAUCUGUACAACAGUAACCCUGGAGGAGAAUGGAUCAUCAAAAUGAAGCCCAACGGAGGCAGAGGACAGUGACACGGAGCCUGUGCGCGACUGACUGAUGGACAGACCAAGGAACAGAUUUCAGAGGAGAGAUGAAGACGUCUUCCUGAAAUCUCCACAUAGCUCCUGCUCUUCCUCUGAGCAACAAGCAGGAAGAAGGACAGAUGGACUAGACAGAAGCAUUUAUUCGCCUGGAGCGGAGUUGAGAAAUUCUGAUCCCUGCUCUUUCUUUCCGUCUCUGCUUUUCACUCUUUCUCUCCAUCUUCUCGUAAUUCUUUCUCUCUUUGGAUGGAUCAUCUCCUGCGAUGCUGCACUGCUGCAAGCAAAAAGCUGCUAACAUGACUCAUUGCUUCCAGCAGAGAACCUGCUGCACAGAAAACACAACAGAACAGCAAGGAGAUGGAGGGUUGGACAGUUGGCUUCUCCAGCAAACAGAUGGGGAUGCAGAGCACCUCUGGCUAUCCUGAGCCCCCCUCACCUCCACCUCACCUCAUGCCAGCUUCUGCUCCAUUUGCACAAUGUUGUGGAUUUACUGCAAAGGGAAUACAAGGAUACAGGGGUUUUCUGUGUGUAUUCUAAACAAAAAUGGGACCACAAGUUUAAAAUUGGCUGUACCUAAUGAGUGUAGGUAGUUAGUUAAAGGUGAACAUUUAGAAAGAAAGCAGAAUAAAAAAUCUUUCCAGCAGCUGGAGUUCAAAUAUUUUCUAUUUACAAACAACAACAUAGUGUCUUGAUGCCCCUUUUACUAGAGAUGCACCGAUCAUACAGCCAGAGAUUGGAGUCCGUCUUUGAACAACUCUGAUCAGUCAUCUCUCUUCCCCCAAUUCAUUAAAUGCAUCAAAACUAAGGACUCCUACUGUUUUCCAUCUAUAAAUGCAGCAAUCAGCAGCAAGUACUUUGAUGUUCUUUAUUUGAGUUUAUACAAAAUCCAUAUGCCAUAAAAGAAGAUGCUCUUGUCAUUCCUUCAUUUUCUGUCAGAUUCAAUAGUGCUUCUAUCAAAUAACCUACCGCAUAUUUUUCUCUUUUAUGUCAUAUCCUCCUUUGGAAAUACAAUAAUGGAAUUGCUUCAGAUUGGAAUCUGCAGAUCUGACCUUUAGAAAAAUUGGAAAUCGGUAUUGGCCAGGAGAAGCUUAAUUGGUGCAUCUCUUUCAUCAUUUUAUCUGUGUUACUUAACGUUACUGUUCUGCUCCUGCAAAAAGGAGUAAUAAUUCAGAUCAUGUCAGAGAAAUAACUCUUCCGGGUAAAUACAGGUUUUUGUCGUGAGUUAGGCACAGAAAACCCCUAUUUCCUUCGUUUUUCUUACACAAAUCAGGACAAGAAAAGACUGAAGGUGAAGAAGAAGAAGAUAACUAGGACAUGCUCUUAAGAAUCAUCCAAAUCAAGUAGUUAAUUAGCCUCAGAAAUCACUUGUAUUUCUCUGCUGUUGUGAAGAGACUCCAAACUAACUCCUUUAUCCAUGAAGCUGGCUCAACUUUGGACCUAAAAAUAAUUUUGCCACAUCGAUGGCUUUGAUGUUGCGUCUUCAACGGCAACCUCUAAAGGGAGUUGUUAAGGACACACAGUGAAGCUGGUCUUCAUUUGUCAUAUUUAAACAUAUGAAUGAAGGAAAACAGUGCACAGUGACAAUAUAAUUAUUAUGAAUAUUAUUUAUCUGAUUGUAAUACAGUUGUUGCUUCGUUGUGAGUAUUGUGUUAGAGAGACUUGGAGAAGGUCAGCCCAUACUCAGUGUGGGGAUCUAACAUGUUUCCAUACUUUUUAAAUGGAUCUCUUUAGAGCUGUAAGUUUGAUGUUCUUCCUCUGUAAAUAUGCACACUGUGCCAUGAUGAUACAUCACUAGAGAAGCACGACUGUUGUUUCUUGAAGCUUUUCCGAACACACACAAGCAGCAGAUGAAUGUUUCAACGUUUUGUGCCGAUCAUCAAAAAGUAAUUGUUUUCGCUCCUUGCAACCAGAGCCAUGCUGUGGCACGGCGGCCAUUUUGUUGGGGUGGUGUGUCUCUCAGGCUGCACUCGAUAAACGUCGUAAUGGCAGCGGGCCCCUGCACCAAAAUCCGUCAACGCCCUCUGCUCCAUCUCUGUCACCUCCCCAUAAUGGAACAUAAUGGCAGCAUUAGAAACACAUGGAGGAAUCACAUUUCUCUGAUAAAGCAGGAGGUAAUAAAUGGGAGUUAUAAAUGUUGCCCCCACCUCAUACUCAACACAAACAGUCUGUUUGUGCGUGUGUACACGUGUGUGUGUGUACACGUGUGUGUGUAUACACGUGUGUGUGUGUACACGUGUGUGUGUGUACACGUGUGUGAGACAGGCUUCACUACACAUCCAAUGGGCCCGUUACCGGGUCCUCCCUGGCACAGUUCAGUGCUUCGACACGAAGUGAAACGAUAGGACGGCCUUCUGCUGAUGAUCUGGAGGACUGUGUCACCUCUAGAGCAGCUCCCCCCCCCCCCCCUCCCCCUCCAUAUGUGCAUAAACACAUAAAAGUGGUGUCACCUCUUCACAGUACAAGAGAGACAUUUUGUGUUUGUAUAUACAUGAAUGUGUUUGUGUGUGUGAGAAAGAAGCUCUGAAACAGUAUUACUACCAGAAAACUGAAUGGACUCCUUGUUUCCUGCUGAUUUAAGGUGUAAAUUGUAGACAUCAGCCAGCAAACGUCAGAAUGUAUAUUUAUGCUCUUUACAUUGUUUUUAACUCGUCUGUGAAAAUACUUUUCUGUAGAAAGAAAAACUUUUGAAAACUGUUACAUUUUUGACAAUAAAUGUGAGCCUAAUGCUGUGCUAAA